GUUGCCUUGCAUGUUGCGGUUCUUUCGGUUGCGUAGGUAUACUUCUUCAGUAAUUUUGUUUAGUGGAAUUUGAUAGUUCGUUUCUUGAAACCAGAAAAGUGUUAAGAUUUGAUGGUCGGUUGGAUUGGAAUGUUUGUAUGACAAGAAUCAAGCAAUUGAAACAACGAAAAUGACAUCGAAAUUGGUGCAAAUGCAAGCUCGAUUUCAACAAAAGCAAAUGCAAGAGAAAGAGGAAAAACUUUUGAAACUUUACGAAAAUCAACAGCAAAGGGCCUUCGAAAAGGUCGGUCGCGGAAGUGCCGGAAGCAACAGCAGCGUUGGUUCUACAGGAGGUGGAAAAGUCAGACAAAUGUUCGACGAACGUCGCCAAAGGGCAGGAGUAGAUAAAAGUUACCCUUUAGAGCCUCUAAAAUCGAAAACUGCUGGAAUUACGAAUACAAGCCGCACUACUGUUGCUAAAUCUACAGUGAGAAAGACUAGUACUCAAAAGGCAAACCUCAGUAAAACUAGCCAUGAAGAAGGUGGUCAAGUCAAAAGUUAUGACACGAUUGAUAGUGAAAAUAAUCUAAUUGAAAUGCUUAGUAAUCAUAAUUUGAAUGAUUUGGAUAGUGAGGAACUGCCAGAAAUAAACUUCAACGGGAAUCGUCAUUCCACUGGAAAACUUGCCAAUGUGGGCGGAAAACUUCCAAGUCAAAAAAUAGAUACCAAACUUAAUGGGGCAAAAACCGAAUCCAAGGUUGUCUCAAAAAAACCCAUUGCCAAACCUACCGCCUCCCCUCCAAGAUCGAGUUCUUCUGUGUCUUCGGCGUCCAGUCAAUCUUCGAAAAAUUCCCAAUAUAAAACUGACAGCUACACUAUGUCAAGACAAACUCCUCCAGCGCCUCGGGCACCAAGUAAUCAACGUCCGUCUGCGAAGCAAUCGGGCGUCACUUCGCCAGUAGUAAGAGACGAUUUAGCUUCUUGCAGAUUUUGUGGCAGAAGAUUUGCCACAGACCGAUUGGGCGUUCACGAGGAUAUUUGCGGUAAAACAGGAAAAAAGAAGAGGAAACCUUACGAUACUACCACGCACAGGGUGCUAGGCACUGAACUGGAAGCCUAUGUGAAGACAGGCAAGAAAGCAUCUAAAGCUGUAUCCAGCAAGACAAAAAAGAUGUCGGCUCCUAAUAGCAACUGGAGAAGAACUCACGAGGAAUUUAUAGCGGCGAUUCGGGCGGCCAAACAAGCCCAAGCUCACGUUGCCAAAGGUGGUAAAUUGUCCGAUCUUCCUCCGCCGCCGCCGUCCACUAAUCCGGAUUACGUACAGUGUCCUCAUUGCGGUAGAAGAUUUAACGAAUCAGCAGCCCAAAGGCACAUACCGAAGUGUGCCAGCUAUGACUUCAACAAACCAAAGCCCAAAGCAAGAAAAUAAAAUUCAAAAGGACUUUCGAAAAAAAAAAGCUUAUUCGAGUUGAAGCGACUUAAAUAUAAAAAUGAUCCCGAUCUUAUUAACUUAACAAAGCUUUGAAGUGCCUUUAAAUAUUUUUGUAAAUAAUAAUAUACCUAUUUACAUUUUUUUUUUUUUAAACGAAAAGUGGUUGUGAAAUUUUAAUAUUAGGAAAUAAGUGAGUGGAUGAAAGGUUCUAGCUGGUAUAAGGAUAGAUAUUUUCAAGAUUAGGAAUAUUAGAUAGGUUAAGAUAUGCAAAACACGUCAAUAAUAAACAAGACAAUAUUGUUAAACAUAUCAAUGGAUAGGACUUUUUGAUCACAAGCACUUAUGACUGCGGUUUAUUUGGUGAACAAAAUCACAGUUUCUUGAGAUAAACAAUGGAAAAUUCAGCAAUCAGGAGGAAGAAUUUCCCAUCACGGGUAACUAUGACAUGACUGACAAGUGACAUCAGAAACUACCUUAUAUACAAGGUGUCCAGCAAUUAGGCAAUUCAAACCACGUGACUUUCAAGAUGGCGUAGCGGCCACACAUGGGCCAAGAAACACAAAAAAAAUAUUUAGAUUCUGCCCGAUUUAUUAGUUUAGGUACCUAGUCAACAAAUAUUUUAUUAAAUAAUCCAAAUCAAAGUUGCAAGCAAAACUCUAAACAAAAUAAUUUGGAAAUGCGCAUAAAAACACAUUCAAAACAAACUUGCUUAGCCGCCACGUCAUAUUGAAUUUUCCUAUCUGACAGAUGGAUUGAAUUGCCUAAUGGACAAUCACCGAACCGAUGAACAGGCUGGGUUUUGUCAUUGUUUUGGUUCUUCUGACCAUAUUCUCGAAUGUAAUACCACAAGAGGUUUCGGGAUUACCGGAUAAUACUUUUACCUGUCACGAAACGUCACGAAACGCCACGAAACACCACUCCUCCUUCGGAGUCGUGGUGUUGCUGCGUAACGCGUUGAGUGUCAGGUGAAAGUAUUAGGUAAUCCUGGAACAUCGAGUGGUAUUCAAAAGGUUAUACAACGAACUAAACUUUAAUACUUUAAAAUUAAAAAAAAAAAAUCUAUAAUGGAAUUUGCCAUAAAUGCCACCAAGCGCGAUAAUCCCAAAAGGCUUAUCACUUGAAUAAUGUACAGUGAGUUGUAUAAUCAGCAUAAGUAUUCUCGCAGAAAAAAUCAACGAAUGCGUCUCAUUUUCGUGAACUUUGAGAAGGCAUUCAAUGGUAUAUUGAACUUUGAGACUCACAAUACAGACACCUUACAUUCAUAACAUCUACAGAAAUAUCACAUUGACAGUUAGUAACUACAAGUAGAAACGAUCAUGCUAUUUUAAUCAGGAGAAGAGUCAAACCGGAAACUUUUUAUGCUGGCUUAACAUCAUCUAGUGGCGUCUGUUGGCGAACACAUCUGAAGUAAUGGACUGGAAAAUGAAUAUUGCAAAAACAGAUAUGCUACGAAUAAGAUCGAACCAUUGAAAACAUUUCCCUGGAAAGAGUAUAGAUACAAAACCAAUCAGACAAGGCAGAUUCCUGAAGAAUCAUUGUCACUGUGCACUGUCACAUUAAGCCAUUUAUAAAGAUAAAUGUUGACAAACCAUCUAAGACUCAGAGGGCCAUGAAGCAGCAUAAUGCUGGAUAUAAGACUCCAACAAAAAGAGAAACCGAGAAACUCACGAGAACUAGAUUGGAGGACUAGGGUUCUGCAACACACUUUGCAAGACAAAUAGACUACAGUUGAAACUCAGAUUCGAGAUCGAGAUUUGAAGAUCAAGAGGUAGAAGCAGUAUUACAAUGACUAUGGAGACAAGUACCUCAAAAUAAAGUUCGCUGGGUUAGAGUUGGGAGAGGAUGUUUACCGCAUGAUCUCUGAUAUUGAAAGUAAAAUGAAGUCCAGGAGUUUAUUCAACCUAUUGUUGCUUGUCCCUGUUCUUCUGUUUAUCUUUGUUGUGCUCGAUUUAUUUGCAAUGACGAAUGAGAAUGACGAAACGUCUGCCUCAGAAGUGCUAGUGCUCUUUAAGUCGAGAAUUGAUGCACUGAUUUGAAUUGAAGACUGCGGAUUUAUCAAUAUUCAUAAAUAAUCUCUCCAUAAAAAAAAAAUAACUUUGCUUUCAUUAGAGUAUUCCUGAUGUACCUACCUAUAAUAAUUAAUUGUGUUUUUGUUAUCCUAAUUUAAAUAAUAAUAAAAAAAUAUUUUCCAUA